AUGUUACGAAACAACUUGAUACGGGCGCUUUCUGCACUUAGCUUUGCAUUUGGUGCCAUCGCUUCGAAUAGUUCAUGCAAGUGUGCACCAAACGACACUUGCUGGCCAUCUACAAGUGACUGGCGGCAGUUCAACGCUACUCUCUCGGGGAAGCUCAUAGCGACCAAACCGGUCGCCAUCUCUUGUUACGCAGGUCCUAAUUAUGACGCAACGUUGUGCGCCAAUGUUAUGGUGGACUGGUACAAGGGAGAAUGGAUGUCAUCGCACCCCGUCGGCCUGGACUACCCCCUGAACAUCACAUGCCCUCCCGUUCAACCUACAUCGAACUCGACCGCCGGAGGAGGCUCUUGUACCCUCGGCACGAACCCUGUAUACGCUGUGAACGUGACAGAGACCGACGACAUCGUCGCAGCUCUCAAGUUUGCAGAGGAGAAGAACCUGAGAGUCGUGAUCAAGAGCACCGGGCACGACGUACUCGGCCGUAGCGACGGCUUCGGCGGCUUGGAGAUUUGGCUUCGUUACUUCCGCAACGGCAUCACCCCGCAAACCUCUUUCCAGUCCUCCACCGGCUGCACAGCCUCAGGAUGGACCGGCAGCGCCAUGAAGCUUGCCGGCGCGUACAUGUGGGGAGAGAGCUACGCGGCCGCAAAGGAAAACAACGUCGUCGUCGUGGGUGGAGGAAGCUCGACCGUCUGCAGCACGGGCGGGUGGAUGCAGGGCGGCGGCCACGGCCCGGCCAGCCAUACUUUCGGUCUCGGCGCUGACCAGGUGCUUGAGGCUGAGCUCAUCCUUGCCAAUGGCACUGCUGUCACGGUCAACGCUUGCCAGCACCAGGACCUUUACUAUGCCAUCCGUGGCGGAGGUCCCAGCUCCUACGGUGUCGUCGUGUCAACUACGGUCAAGACGUAUCCGCAGGUCACCGUGGCCGUUCAGAACCUCCAGUUCGCGGCCCCUACCGGAACCCCCAAAACCACUUUCCUGGAUGCGCUUGCAACUCUUUACACCUCGAUCCCGGAGUUGGUGGAGUCUGGUUUUGCCGGCUAUAGCCACUGGCAGACCGACGGCCAGUCUGCUUCCUUCAACAACUACACCACGGCAUAUUCCCAUGCCGUCUACGUGUUCAACAAGACCGCUGAGGAAGCAGAAGCCGCUGGCAAGGGCCUUCUCGACAAGAUUUACAAGUUCAACGACACCCUCUUUGUAAAUUCGAGCUAUGUAACUUAUGGCGACUACUGGACCUUCUUCCAGGAGGUUAGCGCCGAUAACAACCCCGUCGGCCUCAUGGCCGCCUCUGGAUCUCGCCUCCUGGAUACGGACGCCGUCAGUAACUUCACAACCGUCCGUGGUCUAGUCGAGACGCUGGCCGGAAAGACGGGCGAAUACGUCACAAAUGUCAUCUCCAUCGUCUCUGGUGGCCAAGUCUGGGCCGACGCAGCUCAGGAGUACUCCGCCGUUCUCCCCGCCUGGCGUACGGCCGUCUUGCACCAGUCUGUCGCGCGUAUUCUCAGCCCCGGCGUCAGCGAUGCCCGCUUCAAGGAGGUUCACGACGACGUCACGUUCAAUAAGAUUGGCGCUAUGAAGACCUUGGCUCCGAACAUGGGAGCGUACAUGAAUGAGGGUGAUGCUUUUGACCCGGACUGGAAGGUGGAUUACUAUGGCGCCAACUACAAAAGGCUUCAGUGCAUCAAGGAGUACUACGACCCUGGUGAGCUCUUCUACUGCCCAACUUGUGUGGGAAGCGAUAAGUGGCAAGAAGACUCCGUUGGACGUCUUUGCCGCGCGUAG